UUUGUUUUCAAAAUGGCUGCGCCCAUGAUCAUCAGAAUGGAUUUUGUUGUGAAAUAAAUUUUUUGCGAUGUUCUUUGCUUUUUAGAACCGACCGAGUCAUAUAUGAUGAAGUAAAUGAAGACAAAACCACAUCAUAUAAAGAAUUGUGUCAGUGAAUAUCCUUAUGAAGACCCUGGAAUAUGAAAACCAGAUCUUUUUGGACUCUUUUCAUGAAGAUGGGCUUCUGAUUACGGCAAAAGGCUUAGGUGUAGACAGAAUACUGCAGAACUUUUUAAAAGUAUACAGUGAUACAGCUAAUUUAGUUGUGGUGAUCAACACCACAUCAUCUGAAGAAGAAUAUUUCAUUGAGAAUUUAGAAAGAGAAGGAGUAAAGCCAUUACCACGUGUUAUAACAAAUGAAGUCAGUGUUUCUGAAAGACAAAAAGUCUAUUUGGAGGGAGGAGUGUUGUUUAUUACGUCCAGAAUUCUGGUUGUUGAUUUCUUGACAGAUCGUAUUCCAUCAGAACAUGUCUCAGGAAUACUGGUGUACAGAGCACACAAGGUGAUUGAAUCAUGUCAAGAAGCUUUCAUUUUACGUUUGUACAGACAGAAAAACAAGACAGGAUUUAUUAAAGCCUUCUCUGACAGUCCCCAUGCAUUUACGUCUGGAUUUGCUCAUGUGGAGAAAACUAUGAAGAACUUAUUUGUCAGAAAUCUGUAUCUAUGGCCAAGAUUUCAUGCAAGUGUUGUAGCAACAUUAGAAAAAAAUCAGAUUGAUGUAAUAGAAAUCCAAGUAAAACUUACUUCAACAAUGCUGGCCUGUCAAACAGCUCUGUUAGAUCUGAUUAAUGCCUGUAUCAAAGAACUUAAAAGAUGUACAACAGCUAUUGAUGCAGAUGAAGUAACAGUAGAGAAUGCCAUUGGGAAAUCUUUUGACAAGAUCAUAAGGUUUCAGCUUGACCCAGUUUGGCAUCAACUUGGCUCAAAAACUAAACAGCUUGUCACAGAUAUCAAGACGUUGAGGCUUAUAUUGAGACACCUGACCCAGUAUGAUUGUGUAACAUUUCACAGCAUGGUUAACUCUGUAAGGACUAAUGAGAAAACAUUUGGACAGAACACAGGGUGGUUAUUUUUAGACUCAGCUGAUUCCUUAUUUGUUCACUCAAGAGAAAGAAUAUAUGGACCGCAAAACAAAAAGAUAUAUGAUGAUGAAAAUGAUAAAAAGACUGAAGUUGAACCUUUAUUGGAACCGUGUCCAAAAUGGAAUGCUUUACUUGACAUUGUGAAAGAAAUACGAGAUCAAGUGAAAGAUGCAGAUUUGGAUCAAUGUCACAUCUUAGUAGCUGCAGAAGAUGAUAGAACAUGUAACCAGAUAAGGGAGGUACUAUGUGAAGGACAUAAAAGCUUGCUGAUAAGACUGUACAACAAAUCUCUGGCAAUGAAAGGACAGUACUUACAAGAUGCUAAGAAAAAAGAAAGAGAAGAAAAGAAAACUAAAAGAAAAGCUGAAACAAAAACAACAGGUCCUGAGUUAACUUUGACCCAAAUGUUAGAUGAGGACAAGCCUGAAGAUAAAUCUGAUGACAGUAACAAACCUUGUUCUUCAAAAGAUGCUUACUAUGGUAUAAUAGAUGAACCAUUGACCAUCAUACAUCCACUACAUGGAACAACUGAUUGUAAUGGAUUGUCUAAAACUCUACAUGAAGUACAACCUAGAUAUGUUAUACUGUAUGAUGCUGAUAUGCAGUUUGUCAGGGAAUUAGAAGUAUACAAAGCCAGUACUCCAGGUAAACCUUUAAGGGUAUACUUCCUGAUGUACACAGGGUCAGUUGAAGAACAAAGAUAUUUGACCACACUCAGGAAGGAGAAGGAAGCAUUUGAAUAUCUUAUCUCAGAGAAAUCAGCAAUGGUCAUACCUGAGGAAAGAGAAGGCAAGAUGGAAGAUGACCCUAAUUUGGCAAGGGACACAACUCCUGCUAAUGCUACAGUGAAUACUAGGAAAGGAGGUCUUCAUUUAACCCAGUCACAACAAAAGGUUAUUGUUGAUAUGAGAGAAUUCAGAAGUGAACUACCAUCACUGAUUCACAGACGAGGUAUUGAUAUUGAACCUGUAACAAUUGAGGUUGGAGAUUACAUUUUGACACCAGAUAUUUGUGUGGAAAGAAAAAGUGUCAGUGAUUUAAUUGGUUCUCUAAACAAUGGCCGAUUAUACAACCAGUGUGUGUCUAUGUGUAGAUACUACAAACGUCCAGUUUUGCUGAUUGAGUUUGAUACAAAUAAAUCUUUUGCACUACAAGGAAAAUACCCAAUAUCAAGUGAUGUGUCUAUACAAGAUGUGUCCUCUAGGCUGACAUUAUUGACACUACAUUUUCCUAAGCUGAGAAUCCUGUGGUGUCAGAGUCCAUAUGUAACUGCAGAAAUGUUUGAAGAACUGAAGCAAGGCAGACAACAACCAGAUGCUGAAGCAGCGAUGAAAAUUAACUCGGCUGAAGCUGAUAGUGAAUGGACAGAAAGAUACAGUCAUAAUCCUCAGGAUUUCUUGUUAAGAAUGCCUGGUGUUAAUAUAAAGAAUUACAGAAAAAUCAUGAAUAAAGUGGAAAAUAUUGCAGAACUUUGCAGUAUGUCUGAAGACCAGAUAGGUGAACUGUUAGACAAUAAAUCAAGUGCUAAACUUUUGUAUGACUUCAUACAUACUGAUCAUAAACAGUCAGAGCAUUCAGGAAAGGCUAUUAAGGCUAAAGAUUUAAAGAAAACUUUUAAAAGAAAAAGAUGAUGAGAGCAGAUGUGUAGAGAACUGAAUUUGCAGCAAGGAAUUCAUCAAAUUAUUUAUUUGUACAUAAUAACAUUUUGUGUACAUAUUUUCAUCAACUUCUUCUUUGGUCACAGACAACUAAUUGUAUGCAAUGCAUAACAUGAACUUAUUGAAUUCAUUCAACAUAUUUAUUGAUAACCCAUUAAAGUUUGUAGCAGCUGUAA